AUGUUUAGGUUUUGCAGCAUACUAUUAAAGACACCUAAAAGAAUUCCAAACACUCAAUUAAGAAACAAUACAAAGACAAUCAAAAAUUUUAUAAAAGAAAGAGAAUUCAAAUUAAACAUAAAAGAAACUAUAAAGAAAAAUACAACACAAAAAUUAAAAGAUGUUGAAAGAAUUGAAAUACUUAGAAAUAUUGACUUGAAGCAAUGGACAGAUCUAAAAUUGGAACAGAAAGUGUACGAUUUUCAAAUACUGUUAAAUGCAUUCCCGCACAAUUACAGGUCGCAUGUUUUUUAUAAUUAUUGGUUAUACAAGUUAUCUUCAAAUGACUCUCAAAUCAAUUAUGAGACUACAUGGAGAUUGGUGGAACAUAUGGUCGAAAAUAAUAUAGAACUUUACAAUAAAUCAAUUUCAAAGUUCAUUUUUUCAGUUUUUAAAAGCUCAACACCACUGUCACCUGAAAGAAUCCAAAUACUUCAUGAUUUAGAACUCGAAGGUGAAUUUUAUAAAACUAUAUUAAAAACAAAGCUCAAGUUUUUCCCAACCAAUGAUUUCACACAAUAUAAAGACAAUAAUCAAACAAGAAGCAGUGUAUUAAGAGGUUUACAAAAGUUAAAAAAACAAAAUCUAUUCAUUCAUUCAAAAGAAAUUAUAAAACUAUAUGUUCAACUGGCCAAAAUAGCAUACCCAAUAGAAGGAGAUAUCAAACCAAAGGUUUUAGUUGAAAAUUUUACAAUGUGGAAGGUGGUUUUAUUUAAACUAAGAUCACAGCUCCCAUAUUUCAUCAAUGUAGCAGCAUUAGAAUUAGGUAAACAAAAAAGAAAAAAUGCAAGAGAUCUAUUUAAAGAGUUUUUAAAGGAAAACGAAUUAAUUAUUUUAGAGAAUCAUCUAUCAACAGUUUUAGAAAUUAUACAAUUACUCACACCAAUCGAAAAAGCUGAAAUCCUUCAAAAGUAUAAAUUAAGACCAACAUCUCAGUUUUCACCAGAACUCGUAGAUAUAAUAAAAAAAAUAAAAGAAGAAAUACCCGAACCAUCCAAAUAUACAAAACUAGACGAAAUAAUAUCAAGAGAAAAUAAAUUACACAACCAAGAGUAUCAAGAAGUUUUAAAAUUAAUAGAAGAAUAUUACUUGAGAAAAUAA